GGCCGAGUAGGAGUGGGUGUGCGCACCUUUAAGCUGGCGGGGGCUGCCGGAGCCGGCGUAGUGCCGCUGCUGUUGCAGAGCGAGGAGUGGGGCUACUGCGGAGGACCAGCACGAUCGUCAGCGCUCGGUGCGUCGUGAGACCGCUUAACCCCCCACUGCCACCCAGCACAACCUUGCAGACCGAGCCCGGGAGGAUGGCGGAGAGCGAGGCAGAAACACCCAGCACUCCGGGCGAGUUCGACAGCAAGUACUUCGAAUACAAUGGUGUGCGGCUGCCUCCGUUCUGCAGGGGAAAGAUGGAGGAGAUCGCCAACUUCCCGGUCAGGAAAAGCGACAUCUGGAUCGUCACUUAUCCCAAAUCCGGGACCAGCCUUCUCCAGGAACUGGUAUAUUUGGUGAACCAGGAUGCAGAUCCAGAUGAGAUUGGAAUAAUGAAUAUUGAUGAGCAGUUACCAGUCCUAGAAUAUCCUCAGCCUGGUCUUGAUAUAAUUAAGGAACUGACAUCCCCUCGCCUCAUUAAGAGUCACCUGCCAUAUCGUUUCCUACCUACAGAUUUACACAAUGGACAGUCAAAGGUUAUAUGCAUGGCCAGGAAUCCCAAAGACUUGGUGGUGUCAUAUUAUCAGUUUCAUCGUUCUUUACGGACUAUGAGCUACAGAGGGACUUUUCAGGAAUUCUGUCGGCGGUUUAUGAACGAUAAGUUGGGUUAUGGUUCAUGGUUUGAACAUGUUCAGGAGUUCUGGGAACAUCGCAUGGACUCCAACGUCCUUUUCCUGCUUUAUGAAGAUUUACAUAAGAACCUUGCAGGUACCGUGGAACUCUUGGUCCGGUUCCUUGGAGUAUCGUAUGAUAAAACGCAGAUGGAGGCUAUAACUGAGCACUGCCAGCAGCUGGUGGACCAAUGCUGUAAUGCAGAAGCCCUUCCCAUUGGGAGAGGUCGAGUUGGCCUAUGGAAGGAUAUCUUCACUGUAUCAAUGAAUGAGAAAUUUGAUGCCGUUUACAAACAGAAGAUGGGAAAAUCUGAUCUUAAAUUCGACUUUAGCCUUUAAGGAAGCAACAUGCAUGCACUUCAGUAUUCUCAACAUUAGAAAUGCAUCUCUGCAUUUGUUUAUCAUUCACUGGCUAAUCUUCGCUGUUAUGUGUAUUAUGACAGCUUUUAGUGAAAGAUAUUGGGUAUUCUCUAUCUAUAGUAACAGUUUCCUCUCUUGUUGCAGCUUUGACUUGUAUGUUACCUUUCAGCAGAAUUGGAAGAUACAUAGUCUAAGAAAGCAACUUAAUUAUAAACUGUAGUAAUUUUGAUGGAAAGGACAGUUACUCUGUACUCCAAAAUAACUAUUUAAAAAUAUGCAAACUGAUACUUGCACUCCCAUAAACUCAAUUGUACACUUAUGCACACACAAACAAUACCAAAAUUGUAAGGAAAAUUACUGCUGCAAAAUAGAUGUUAUUUAUUUUCUGUAAUUUUUAAUUACAUAUUCCAGGUUAAUUGCAUAUUAGCUUCAAUGUAGUGUCCAUGUCUGAAUUAAACUAAUUAAAAUUAUUUAGUUAGUGCUGAUGCCAUUUCAUUUAGAUCUACAAAGAAGGGGGUGAAAUGAGACAAAUCUUCCAUUCUUUUGAUAUUUUAAAGAAAGCUCUAAAGCAUUUCUAAUUCAUUUGAGCAACAUUGUGAAACAGUGGUUAAUGAAUACCCGGUCCAUUGACACCACAUUGGCAUAUGUAUCCUCAGGAUUAGUAAGUUUGAAGUUCUAGUGGUUUGUAAUUAUAUAAUGUUUAAAUAAGCUGCAUUCUACCAAUAUGCAGCAACAGCAUGAGGAGACAAAUGGGAGAGAAAUCUGUUAUCUAAUCACCCACUGCUUGUACUCUUGAAUAUUGUCAUUUCAUCUUUAAUCAUGGUAAAGUUUGCAAUAAAAUCUCCAUUCCAGAAUAAUCUCCUUAAACAUAGAAAAUAUUUUGUGGUUGACAUUGUGUUGUUUUCAAAACAAACUGUUUGCAAUGUUAACAAAUCCUUUAUUUGAUAUUACUUGAAGCUAUAUGAAAUUUAAAAAGAAAUCCUAUCCAGUCUUUAAAAAUUACCGUACAAGAUUUUACCAAUUGUGGACAAUCAAAUUAUUAAUUUUCAUGUAACACUUCAACUUUGAGACUGACAGUAUCUCUAUUGUCUGUGAUAGCACCUGGGCUAACAAUUUUCCAGAAUUCAUGAAUAAUUAAUUAGGUGCAUCAGGUCUUAAUGUUAGAAUUGUUGCUCUUAGUUUUAGAGGCAAAACCAGAGCAAUUUCUUAAAAAUGGUUUCUAUCUUGUCUCCUAACAUUCAGUAGAGCCAUCUUUCUUUAUACUACUUAACCCAAUGCUAGUGGUCAAUUUCUACAAGUCCAAUGAAUAGGUUACUUUUAUUUCACGAUGAAGGGCGUGAAAAUAUUUGUUGGUUGAAGUACUAACUUUAUUAUUCUUUCAAAAAAACUGGUAAACUGUGAUUUUGCUAUGAUUUCGUUCAGAUGAGUAAAGCAGUUGAAAAAGUCUACAUGAAAUAUGACUUUGCAGAGAUGUCAAUGCAAGUGUUGAAAUCAGUGAGGAAGCCUGUUCCAAAUCUGCCAUGGCUUGGGGUCCAUAGCAUCUACUCCAUUAAUAUCCCAAGAUGGAACCCCAGUGGAAUCUGAGAGGAAAAAUAUCUUAAACAUCAAACAUUUUUGAAGGCAACACAAUGUCUUCUCAAAAAAAAACUUAAAACCAUAAGACAUUUGAGCAGAAUCAGGCCAUUCAGCCCCUCAAGUCCACUCUGCCAUCUCAUCAUGGCUCAUCCAGGAUCCCAUUCAACCCCAUACACCUGCCCUCUCACCAUAUCCCUUAAUGCCAUGACCAAUCAGGAACCUAUCAACUUCCGCUUUGAAAAAAAACCCACAGAUAUGGCCUCCACUGCAGUCUGUGGCAGAGCAUUCCACAGAUUCACCACUCUUUGGCUAAACAAUUCCUCCUUACUUCUGUUCUAAAAGGUCACCCCUCAAUUUUGAGGCUGUGUUCCCUAGUUCUGGAUACCCCCACCAGAGCAAACUUCCUCUCCACAUCCACCUUAUCUAGUCCUUUCAACAUUCAGUAGGUUUCAAUGGAAUCUCCGCAUAUUCUUCUAAAUUCCAGUGAGUACAGGCCCAUAGCUGCCAAAUGUUCCUCCUAUGUUAACCCAUUCAUUUUGAGAAUCAUCCUCAUGAACCUCUUCUGGACUCUCUCCAAUGACAAUACAUCCUUUCUGAGAUAAGGGCCUAAAGCUGUUGACAAUACUCUACAUGCGGUCUGACUAGUGUCUUACAAAGCUUCAGCAUUAUCUGCCAAAGGGUCUCAGCCCAAAAUGGCAACUGGACUUUUUUCCAUAGAUGCUGCCUGGCCUGCUGAGUUCCUCCAGCAUUUUGUGUGUGUUGCUUUUGAAUUAUCUCCUUGUUUAUUUUAUUCUAUUCCCAUUGAAAUAAAUGCCAACAUUGCAAUUUACUCAACCUGUAAAUUACCCUCCUGGGAGUCUUGCAGAAGGACUCUUAAGUCCCUUUGCAGCUCUGAUGUUUGAAUUUUCUCCCCAUUUAAAUAAUAGUCCAAGCUAUUGUUCCUUUUAUGAAAAUGCGUUACUGAACAAUUCCUAAGACUGUAUUCCAUCUGCCACUUUUUUGCCCAUUCUUCCAAUUUGUCUUAAGUUCUGUUGCAAUGGCAUUGCUUCCUCAGCACUACCUACCCCUCCACCUAUGUUUGUAUCAUCUGCAAACUUUGCCACAAAGCCAUCAAUUCCACUAUCUAAAUGAUUGACAAACAAUGUGAAAAGUAGUGGUCCCAAUACUGACCCCUGAAGAACACCAGUAGUCACUGACAGCCAACCAGAAAAGGCCCCCUUUAUUCCCACUCAGCCAUUCCUGUAUCAAUGCCAGUAUAUUUCCUGUAACAUCAUAAGCUUUUAUCUUGUUAAGCACCCUCAUGUGAGGCACCUUAUCAAAUGCCUUUUGAAAAUCAAAGUAAAUGACAUCCACUGCCUCCCCUUUGUCUAGCUUGCUUUUUGCUUCCUUGAAGAAUUCAAACAGACUUGUCAGGCACAAUUUCCCUUUACAGAAACUAUGCUGACUUUGACUUAUUUUAUCAUUAGUCUCUAAGUACCCCAAACCCUCGUCCUUAAUAAUAGACUCCAACACUUUCACAACCACUGAGAUUAAGCUAACUGGCCUAUUAUUUCCUUUGCCUUCAUCCCUUCUUAAAGAGUGGAGUGAUAUUUGCAAUUUUCCAUUCCUCUGGGACCAUGCCAAGAUCAAGUGAAUUUGGAAAGAUCAAGACCAAUGCAUCUAUUACCUCUUCAGCAACCUCAUUCAGGACUCUAGGAUGUAGUCCAUCUGGUCCAAGUAACUUAAUCCACCUUAAGACCUUUGAGUUUGCCUAGCACUUUUUCAUUUGUAAUAGCAAUGGCAUUCACUCCUGCUCCCUGACACUCACAGCGGGAAGUGCAGAAUCAAAUAUUGCUGUGAUAAUUGUAUGUUCUAGUAUCAAUUGUUUGACAACAAUAAAGUGUAAGUAUAAAGUACAGCUAGUCUUCCACUGUAAGGAUUAAAGCAAAGUACCCGUUAAGUUCAUCUGCCAUUUCUUUGUUCCCCAUUACUACCUCACCAGCAUCAUUUUACAGUGGUACAAUAUCAAAUCUUUCCUCCCUUUUAUUCUUUAUAUAACUGAAAAAAACUUCUAGCAUCCUGCUUUAUAUUACCAGCUAGUUUGCUCUCAUAUUUCACUUUUUUCCUGCUUAUAGAUUUUUUUAGUUGCCUUUUGUUGGAUUUUAAAAGCUUCAGAAUCAUCCAACUUUCCACUCACUGUUGCUACCUUGUAUGCCCUUUCCUUGGCUUUUAUGCAGUCCUAAACUUCCUUUGUCAGCCACGGUUGCAUUGUACUGCCAUUUGAGAACUACUUCUUCUGUGGGAUAUAUCUAUCCUGCGCCUUUUGAACUAUUCCCAGGAUCUUCAGCCACCUCUGUUCUGCCAUCAUCCCUGUCAGUAUCCCUCUCCAAUCUACCUGGGAAAGCUCCUCUCUCUUGCUUCUAUAAUUCCCUUUAUUCCAUUGCAAUACUGAUACAUGUGACUUAUUGAGACUUCUCCCUCUCAAGUUGCAGUAUGAAUUCAAUCAUAUUAUGAUCACUGCCCCGCUAAGGGUCCCUUUACCUUAAGCUGACUAAUAAAAUCUGGUUAUUACAGAACACCCAAUCUAAGAUGGUCUUUAGAUCAGCACAAACUGAUCUUAAAAGCCAUCUUGUAGGCAUUCAACGAAUUCCCUCUUGUGAUCCGACACCAAUCUGAUUUUCCAAUCCCCUUGCAUAUUGAAGUCCCCCAUUACAAUUGUUACAUUAACCUUAUUACUUGCCCUUUCCAGCUCCCUAUCCAAUCUCAACCCCACAUCUUGGCUACUAUUUGGAGGCGUACAUAUGAUUCCCAUAAAUGGGUUUUUUACCCUUGCAGUUUCUUAACUCCACCCACAAAGGUUUGGCCCUAUAUGUCACCUGUUGUCUAAAGAUGUAAUUCCAUCUCUUACGCAUAGAGUCACACCACAACCUAUGCCUUCCUGCCUGUCCUUUUGAUACAAAGUAUAUCCUUUGAUGUUAAACUCCCAACUAUGACCUUCUUUCAGCCAUAACUCACUGAUGCCCACAAUGUCAUACCGACCAAUCUCUUAAUUGUGCCAUGAGUUCUUCCACCUUAUUCUGAACGCUACGUGCUAUCGGUCUUGCACUCUUCGCCCUUGUGAAUUUUGCUGCUGGUACAUCUUAACUCUUUGCUCUUUCUGCAGUUACACCCAAUCAUUUGCGUGUCCUUCCAUACAUUCAUAUUGUAUAUUACAUCAUCUAUUUGUAAACCUGCUGGCUCACCCUCAGGUCUAUCAUACUGGUUCCCAUCCCCCUGCCAUAUUAGUUUAAACCACUCCCAACAGCCCUAGCAAAAACACUGCUCGUUUGAAGAAGAAUGAUUCUGAAUACUACUUUUCACUGAGGUUACAACUACUAUCAUUCUUGUAUGCGCAGCAAAUCAGUGCCUACCAUCAAGUAGCCACACCAACCCUAUUCUUACUGAACUCCUAACCCACCACCAGCUGUGACAAUUCCUUACCUAUAAGGGACAAUUUGCUGUGGUCAAUUAUCCUACAGAUCCACAAAUCCUUGAGGAGGAAAUCAGAGUACCUGGUAGAAACUCAAUCAAUUACAGGGAAUAUGUGCAAACUCCACACAGACAGCUCUGGAGGUUGGGAUUGAACUCAGGCCAGUGUACUGUAAGACAGUAAACUCUGCCAACUGUGCCACGGUUGGAACAUCCGCAUCAUCCCUCAAAGUCCUGUGCUCUGACAUGAAUUUCUGUUACACAACAAUGAUGAAAGCCAAUGUAGCAUAUGAUUACAACUUGAUAAUGUGUGAGAAAAACACAUUUAUUUUUAUUCUGGCCUUGAUUUUGCCCUUCCCAAAGUCUGUUGAAAUGGUGAUCUCUUUGAGUGUGACGUCAGCCUUUGGCCCUUCAUCACAUGACCACAUGGGAGGAAAAUUACACCGUUAAUGCCAUUUGUGUAUCCGAUCUGUUUAUUGCAACUAUUUUUAUCAAAUAAUUUUGAUCUUAGAGUUUGGCAGUUCCCCAUUAUCACUCUGUGGCUUCAGUUUUAGAUCAGAUUCUGCUUGAAAAUCUGAAAUUACUCUACUGAUGAGGCUGGGGUGUUUACCCAGGAUGAAAUGAGCAUUUGUGUCAAUCAGUACUGGACCAACUUUCAGUUCCAACCUUGUGUAAAAUAAUUCACAAUUUCAAUUCAUGAAAUGUGUGCAAAAAAGAUGUAACAUAAUAAUUGUGUAUGAUUGGCAGGUUUGAUAUCACAUUUAUCUAAAAGAUACAUUUAUUUAUAAGAAGCAUCUUGUGGACAAAGCCAGAAAUUUUAGUUGGAUUGCAUCUGUUCUCACCAAAUUAUUGCUUGUGAUCGACAGGAAUCAGUAUAUCAUUACCACACUUGGGCAAUUUGUAUUGUCUCUGCACAAACACUGCAGCAAAGGUUGGGUAUUUCCAGGCAUUGAGAUGAUGAAUGGCCACACCCUUGGUCCAUUCUCUAUUAAACUUUUCAUGUAAUCGAGCGCUGCUACGUGCUUAAGAUUUUCUUUUUUUUUUGCUGCUUUGGAGAAUGAUCUGAAUCACAAUUAUCAUCAAUAUAAUGUUCUGAUAUCUUGCUUGAUAAAAGAAAGCUCCAGGAAGAAGGGCUGUGAUUAGUUCAGUUCCCAAAACCUGUGUUCAGUCACACUGUAAAUAAAAAAACUCUGGAGUAUAUGAUGCACUGUUAUU